UUUCUUUUCUUUUCUUUUCUUUUGCGCCAUUUGCACGCGUACCACAAGGAAUUAGAAAAUUUUCACUAUAUUUUUUAUUCGAACGCGUUUCUUUUCUUCUUUCUUUUUUCUCAUUUAAGCAAAUCUUUUUCUCAAUUCAUUUAAUUUCAGUAUUUUUUUCAUUCAGCCAAUGUCAAAGGGCAAACAACCAGAUACCGGCAGCUCCUCCACCCUGGACUCCGUCAUGCCAGUCAUCUCUAGCCUCCUAGACCAAGGCACCCGUGCCUUUGCACUCUCCGACUGGCCCCAAGCCAUUGAUUCCUUUGGAGAAAUGUCUCAAAUCACCGAGCAGGUCUUUGGUCCCGAGUCCCCACGCUACGCCGAUGCCCUUGUCAUGUAUGGGCGCGCACUGCUUCAAAACGCCAUUGAGCAAACUGCCCUGAUGGCCCAAAAAACCUUGGCUCAAGCGGUUACUGGACAAACCUUUUCCGACAACGAACAGGAGGAGAGUGAGGAUGACAAUAGGGAGCUGGGGAGUAGCAGUAAAGGCGGAAGGAUUGCGUUUGAGGGUGAGCCGGAUUUCCGCCAACUGAAUAACCCCGAGGGUCAAGAGGAAGAAGAGCAGGAGGAUGGUGAUGAGGGAGAAGCAGAAGGAGAGGGGGAGGGGGAGGAUGAUGAUUUUAGUGCUGCUUGGGAUGUCCUUGAUACUGCGCGACUGAUCCAAUCAAAACAAACAGACAGGAAAUCCCAACUGAAGUACGCCGAAACCCUAAUGCUCCUCGGCGACGUCUCUAUGGAAUCAGAAAACUUUCCUCAAGCUCAACAGGACUUUACCGCAGCACUCCACGUCAAACGGCUUUACCUUGAGGCCGAUGAUCGCGAAUUAGCCGAGCUCCACUACAAGGUUGCUUUGGCCUUGGAGUACAAUGAGGAUACGGAGGGUGCAUUGGUGGAGAUGGCUGAGGUGGAGAAGAUUUUAGCAAGGAGAUUGGACGUUGCAGAGUUGGAGGAGCAGGAGGGGCUGAGGGAGGUUUUGGAGGAUGUGAGGGUGAAGAUUGAGGAGUGGCGGAACCCGGUAAAGCAGCAGGACGAUGUGGUGUUGGAUGACGAGAUGAAGGAAAAGGCCAGGGCUGCGUUUUUGGUCGCUGUGGAGGGCGGAAAGGUCAAUGACUUGACUGCUUUGGUGAAGAAGAAGAAGAAUGGUGAUAGCAAAAGAAAGUGUCUUGAGGACGACGCCGGCAGCAAUGAGGAUACCGAGUCUUGUGCCAAAAAAUUGAAGGAUUGAAUUAAAAAAAUUUACUCUCUUUUUUAAUGAGUAAAUGCUGGGUUUAAAAUAAAAAGACGUGUAUUCUAUAUAAAAAAGUGAACGCAAAACAUAUUUUUUGUUUAUUAAUAUAUUGUAAGUGGAGUGGAGUAA